AUGGCUUCCGAUUCGCCUCCCAAAGGGGGGAUGUCUCUUUAUGCCAAUCUUCUCGACCCAUCAAACGACAAACCGGGAACGAUUUCUCGUGCUCCGGUUGUCUUCAAACAGAGCUCGGAGACUGAGGCGCAACCCGACGACGCGGCGGGUAAAAAGCAACUGAAUGCUGCUUCUCUCCGAUUCCAGCCAACAAGAAGGCCACAACUCUCAGCUCAGAAGUCCAAACCAAAGUCUAUGUUUCCCAAGGCAGCGCCACAUCUCACACCGAACCAAGCUCCAAUUCCCUCAGCAGCACCUCUAGCGAAGAGCACCUUGGCUGACUGGGCGGCCUUGGAAGAUGAUGACUACGGAUACCAGGGCGAGAAACGACAGCGUGGUGGCAGGAAGAAACGCAAGAAGAACCGUGAAGCGCAAAUUGUUCAGAACUGGGACGACAUCUAUGAUCCGUCGCGACCAAACAACUACGAGGAAUACCGACACAGUGACGAAAAAAUCAUGGAGGUCCGCGACUGGAAGGAUCGCUUGUAUGCGCAUCGGAUGAGACGCUCGCUGAGCCGAGACUCGGACAGCGAUGACGACAACAGGCCAAUGAACCGGCAAUUCGCACCCCCGAGCAGCUUUGCCCCUCCACCAAAUCUCAACAAUACGCCGCCCACACCAGCUUCCGUCCCCAAUGAUGCAUCUGGUGAAGAUGCCUUUGCUCGUCGUGCACGCCUCGGUCAGUCCGCUGGCUCCGCACAACAAAUUCCGCCACCGCCGCCUGAAGAACCCAACCCUAUCCCCAACGACCCCACCGGCGAAGACGCAUACAUGCGGCGCUUCCAGAAAGCCGGCAACCUAUCAUCAGAACAAAACAUACCCCCUCCUCCGCCACCACGCCCUCUCGACAAAUUCCAGCCUAGUACCGCCACAAUCUCCCGUGCCCCGGUUCGAUACACUCUACCCGCGCCGCCAGAAGAUAUGCCUGCGUCCGAAGCUGAGCUCGAAGCUGCAUUGGCCGAAGAAGAACCAGCAGACGAAGAAGAACAAGAUGAGGAUGCACCACGCUCUCUCCAUCCAGGCCAAAAGGGCUUCGCGGAACGUUUCAUGUCCAAGUAUGGCUGGACAAAGGGAUCUGGACUUGGUGCUACUGGUUCUGGUAUCAAGAAUCCGCUACAGGUGAAGGUUGAGAAGCGGAAGAAACGACCUGACUCAGAUGGCGGAGGCUUUGUUACGCCCGCUGGACGCGGCAAGAUCAUCGGAAGCAAGAAACUAGGAGGUUACGAGAGCAAAUUUGGCCCUAUGGGUGAAGUGAUUGUUCUGCGGGGCAUGUUGAAUGGAAUUGAUUUGCAGUCCGAACUGGAGACAAGUCAGGGUGGAGGGUUGAUGCAGGAGAUUGGCGAGGAAUGCAAUGAGAAGUAUGGAAUUGUCGAACGAGUCUACAUUGCUCGUGAUGCCGGGACUCCCGCCCCGGUCUUCGUCAAGUUCACAAGUCCGUUAUCUGCCUUACGGGCCGUCAAUGCUCUGGAAGGUCGGAUUUUCAACGGAAACACAAUCGAAGCGCGAUUCUUCGACACUGAGAAAUUCGACCAGGGGAUUUACACGGAUUAA